AUGAACUCCUGGCUUGCUGUUGCCGUCUUUGCAUGGUUGUUUCGGUACAUACGCUUGAUUGUCAAUUGCAUUUCCCACUGGACUUUUCGGCCUGUCCCCAUACCGGAACAUCCAAACUACACAUCUCAAGAUGUCACCAUCAUCUGCCCGACGAUCGCCACUGGUGGCGAGGAGCUCGAGCAGACUCUGCGCACGUGUCUCCGAACAGAGCCGUUCGAGAUUAUUCUGGUCACCGUAGACACCAAUGUCCCGGCCUUGGAUAAGAUAGCCAAUGCUAUCAACAUGAAAAAGAUCAAGGUCCUGAGCAUCCGAGAGGCCAACAAGCGACGGCAAAUGUGUCGCGCGAUCCCCGAGGUCAGGACGAAGAUCACCAUAUUCGCCGAUGACGACGUUAUAUGGCCAGGUAAAAUAAUGCCAUGGAUACUUGCACCUUUCGAAGACGAGAAGGUUGGUGGAGUUGGGACCUCCCAGAGACUGAAAAGGAAGGAGCAAUUGAGCGUCUGGAGUUUCCUUGGAGCAACGUAUCUGGAGCGGAGGAACUUUGAUUGCUCUGCGUGUUUGCACAUUGACGGAGGCUUGCCGUGUCUUUCCGGUCGGACUGUCGCUUACCGGAGCAGCAUACUCAACACUGAGGAUUUCACGCACGGCUUCACGAACGAGGAGUGGCGGACAUGCCAGCUCAACGCGGACGAUGACAACUUCAUCACCAGGUGGAUGUACUCGCAUGGCUGGAAAAUCAAGAUGCAAUACCAUAAGGAGGCUGAGGUGCAGACAUCAUUGGAAGACAGCCCGAAAUACCUCAGUCAAUGUCUUCGAUGGGUCCGCAGUAACUGGAGGAGCAACUUGACCAGCAUGUUCGUGGAGCGUCAUUACUGGUGGACGCAACCAUGGAGCACGUACUCUGUUUUGCAGACCACCAUCACGGCCUGGGCACUUCCGUUCGACCUGCUGAUCAUGUUCGCCUGGUAUCGUGCGUCAUCAUCUUGGUCACACGACUCCCAAGUCUACCUCUUUAGCUUCCUCUUCGCCUGGACCUUCGUGUUCAGCAAGACCGUCAAGCUCUGGGGGCACUUCUUCCGGUACCCUGCGGACGUGGCCUUCGUCCCGGUGUACAUCACCUUCGGCUACUUCCAUGGAUUUAUCAAGCUUUGGGGUCUCUUCACCCUGAGUGAGACCACAUGGGGCAGCCGUGACGGAGCGGACGCUGACGAUCGCGUGCGCAUGAUCCGUCUCCCUCGCUAUGGAUCCUUCUCUCCGGACGGCCGCAAAUCCGACACUUUCGAGUUCCCCAACGAGCUCAUGCAGCAACUACCGGCCUACGAUCCGCCCGAUAUGCGUUCGACCGGCAACAACUUAAUGUUUACUUAUCACGAUUAA